AUGGCCGAGAGUAAUGAUUUGGACUUUAAAACAGUAGUCGAGUUUGUUCCAAGGUCGAAAUCGGUGCAGGCAGGGUGGUACGACAUCAUCCAAAACAGGAUUGGUGAUUCUCGACUGCUUGUGCCUUAUAAUGGAAGAUGUUGCGGAUCGUCACAUGGAUGGUUGAUUUUCACAGAAGAGAAUUUGGCUUUGACGCUGUACAACCCUUUCACCGGCAAAUCCAUUCAUCUCCCCCCUGUGAUUCCAGUCCCAUCCGAGAAUGAACGUGCUCUUGAUUACGACUACCAGCACGAGAUCCCGAAAGUAGUGCUUUCUGCUGACCCUUUGGAGGCUCCUGACACCUAUGAGGUUGUCGCCAUAUACAAUAUAUGCGUUGGGAAGCUUGCUUACUUUAAGUCGGGAUGGAGCACCUGGAUUUAUGCAAGACAGUCGAAGCAUCGUAGAGCUUUAAGUUUUCAUUUCUACGACAUAACCUGCUUCAAUGGAAAAUUUUAUGCCGCAAAUGGUCAAUGGUUGGCAUCUCUUGAGGUAUGCAUCGGUGAAGCGGAACCUAAUGCAUCAUAUAUUAGGUUGAAUCAUGUCGCGGUCCGAGACUUUAAUGAGUACCAGUAUUUGAUCGUAAAGUGCUACAUCGUGGGAUCGCCCGACGGACGUCUUGUCUGGAUUGAUAGGCACAACAGACGGCGAAGAGCAGGAAAAAAGGAAUACUUUGAUAUCAAUGGGAGUUCUUAUGAGUUUGAUCCUGACAGAAUGCAACUUACAUCGCGUUUCAAAGUAUACGAGAUGAAGGAAAUAGACGGAGAGAUGAAGCAUGUAGAGUUGAGAAAGCUAGAAGGCCAAGCCAUAUUCGUAGGUCACAACCAUUCGGAGAUGAUCUUGACUAAGAUUUUGCCGGAGUGCAAGCCCAACAGGAUUCACUACACGGAUGACUGUAUGGAUAGAAUUGACGGGCCGUAUAAGCCCCUCGGAGCUGUCGAUAUCGGAGUCUUCGAUCUUGAAAAGGAACGCAUCGAGUCGCUCUAUGUGCCGGGCCCAUCAAAAAGGGAUGUGCCACCGCCAAUUUGGUUCGUCCCGAGGGCCAAUCACAUUGUUAAUUGA